AUGAGUGGGAUUUUCUUCGCCGACGUCUUCGCCAACCCUUCUCGGCUGGGACUGACUGUCUUGGUUGUCAGCGGUCUCUUCCUCUUAGUGAGACUCUCGAAAAGCAAAGCUCGGCUUUCGGACAUUCCAGCCGUUGGAGAUGCUACGAGCAAAGAAGCAAGGAGAAAGGAGUUUCUCUCCGGUAAAGCCAGAGAUCUCUAUGUUGAGGGCUACAAGAAGUUCAAAGACAGUGCUUUUCGCAUCAUGACUGCGAGACAAUCCGAGUGUGUCGUUGUGUCACCAGAAUUCUUAAAGCAUUUGAAAAGGCUACCUGAAGACGUUCUCAGCUUCAACGAGGCAGCUCUGCAGACAAAGUACACCAACAUCACAAGCAAUAUCCCCACGAUACCGCAUACUCUCAAAACUUCACUCAAUCCCGCUUUGUUCCGUUUGAAUCCAAUCAUUCUAGAUGAAGUCUCAAAUGCGAUCCAAACAGAGUUCCCUCAGUCAGCGGACUGGUCGGACGUGAGAAUAAACGGCAAGUUAGCUCGCAUAGUCGCCAAAACAUCAGGCAGAAUCUUUGUUGGGCCCGAUCUCUGUAGAGACGAGGUCUACCUCGAUGCGGCCGUCAACUACACCCUCGACAUGACAGCUGCUAUUCAAGCUGUGGGGUUUAUAUCUUCCUGGCUGCGACCAUUCCUAGCGUCCCGAGCACCGCAAGUCAAGAAGCUGUACCACCGCUUCCAGCAAGCGGACGAUUUCCUUCGACCGGUGGUUACAGCCCGGCGCCAAGCUGCGAUUAAUGGCCUCAAUGAGAAAAAUAAGCCAGAUGACAUGUUACAGUGGUUGAUGGACUCCCAAGACAAAUUUGGUCAACAGAGUGAUCGUGCGAUAUCAAAGUAUCAGUUGAGCCUGACCUUUGCAGCCAUUCACACGACAACAGCAGCAUUGACCAAUGCUUUCUACAAUCUUGCGGCAACACCUGACCUUGUGGUAACCCUGCGACAAGAAGUCGAAGAGGUUCUAGCUGAGACAAAUCUUAAUAUCACCGCAGUCUCACUACAAAAAAUGGUGAAGCUCGACAGCUUCCUGAAGGAGAUCAUGAGAUACUACCCUCAAAGUGCCACGGCAUUCCAACGCAAGGUCAUGAAGCCAGUAACUCUGCCAAAUGGCCAGGCAAUUCCUCCUGGUGUCAUCCUGGAAGUCCCUUCACACGCUAUUAACUAUGAUGGAACGAUACACACAAACCCUGACGUCUUUGACGCAAUGCGAUUCUACAAGAUCCGAAAAGAGAAGGAAGCUGCUUUGAGAAGUAAAAUGUCAGCGGAGGAUGCCUUUACGGAAGCAGCAACAAACAAUCAGUUUGCGAGUGUGGGAGAUACGAGUCUUGCUUUUGGAUACGGCAGGAAUGCCUGUCCUGGCCGGUUCUUUGCGGCGAACGAGACGAAGAUGAUUCUGGCGACUACGUUCUUGAAGUACGACUUGAAGAUGCCUGACGGCUAUACCGAGAGGUACACGAAUCUCACCUUCGGAUCCCAGGUUUGCAUUACCCAUUCAACUUUCAAGAACCAGCUAAUGAUACCGUCGCAGUCAGUUCCAGAUCCCACCAAGACCAUCAUGAUGAGGCUGCGGAACUAG